ACAACACUGUCUUAUCAUUGUCUCUUCUUAUCUUUUGUUUAUUUUUUAUAGCCCCCAACAAGUGGCCGGUUGUUUUGUAAUUUCUCUUAAAAUUGUGCAAUUUUUAAUUAUUGUUGCUACAAGAAUAAUGUCAGAAAUUGUGUUUGCGGUAAUAACUGUCAGUGACACUUGCCAUCAAGAUGCCACCAAAGAUCGCAGCGGUCCUCGUUUGGCUCAACUGAUAGCAGAGAAUUUUGAAAAUCCUCAUAUUAUUAAGCACAUUCUGCCCGAUGAACAGGAUUUAAUAACAGAAAAACUAAAACAAUUGGCAUUGUUGGAAGAUAAGGUCGCCUGUAUUUUAACUACCGGCGGCACGGGCUUUGCGCCCAGAGAUGUUACACCAGAAGCCACCAAGGCUGUCAUAGACAAAGAAUGCCCUCAACUUUCCAUGGCUUUGGCUUUACAUUCCUUGCAGAAGACCAAAUUUGCUGCUCUGUCACGCGGUAUGUGUGGCAUUGCUGGCAAAACUUUGAUUUUGAAUUUUCCCGGCAGUGAAAAGGCUGUGGUAGAAUGUUUUGAUUAUGUCAAAGAUCUUCUGCCACAUGCUUUGCAUUUACUUAACAAUGACUUGGCUUUAGUUAAAAAGGCACAUGAGCAAAUACAAAACACUCAUGCGGCAGCAGCACCAGACACACAUAUUUGCCCCCAUAAAACUGGCAAGGGUGAUGCUAAUGAUCGCAAUUCCCCCUUCCCUAUGCUGCCGGUAACUGAAACCUUGAAUAUUAUCUUACAAACUAUUAAGCCUCAAACCACUUUGCCUCAGUUACUUCGGGAUUUCAAAUCUCCCGUGGAUAUACCUCCAUUUAGAGCAUCGAUUAAAGAUGGUUAUGCUAUGAAAUCUUCAGGCUUUUCAGGCUCCAAAAAGGUAUUGGGCUACAUAGCAGCCGGUGAUUCGCUUAUAGAAACAGAUUUCCAAGAGGAUGAGUGUUAUAAAAUUAAUACUGGAGCUCCUGUGCCUUUAAAGGCAGACUGUGUUAUACAAGUGGAGGAUACAAAGCUGUUAAAAACCAAGAAAAAUGGCUUGGAAGAUUUGGUGGAGAUAUUGGUAGAGCCCAAAAAGGAUUUGGAUAUAAGACCCAUUGGCUGUGAUUUGGCCAAAAGUUCUACUCUGUUUCCCAGUGUGGAUCUUUCACCGGUGGUGGUAAAGUCUUUAAUGGCUUCGGUGGGCCAUGCUGUACCUUUACAUAAACCUUCGGUGGCUGUUAUCUCCACGGGCAGUGAGCUAUUGGAUCCUUUGGAUUAUCCCAUAGAAGGCAAAAUCUAUGAUUCGAAUACCACCAUGUUAAAGCAGCUGCUGCAGUAUUUUGGUUUUGAUUGUGUGGUCACCAAAGUAUUAACAGAUGAUUUUGACGAGGUACUUGAAACAUUAUCUUCCAUCUAUGAUGAGGUUGAUUUUGUUAUUUGCAGUGGUGGUGUGUCUAUGGGUGAUAAAGAUUAUAUUAAACCGGUAUUGAAGAAAUUAGGCUUUAGUGUCCAAGUGGGCAGAGUUAAUAUGAAACCGGGUAAACCCAUGACUUUUGCUUCUAAACAUGAUAAAUAUUUCUUUGGUUUACCCGGCAAUCCUGUAUCGGCCUUUGUUUGCUUCCAUAUGUUUUCAUUGCCGGCCGUGCGCUGGGCCAGUGGCUGGACUUAUGAGAAAUGCAUGUUGCCAGUUGUUCAAGUAACGUUGCAAAAUGCUAGUGUUGCAUUGGAUCCUAGACCGGAAUACAUGCGUGCCACAAUAACUAGUAAAAAUGGUCAACUAUACGCUUCAAUAACAGGCAAUCAGAUGAGCAGUCGCUUGCAAAGUAUUGUAGGAGCCGAUGUACUUGUACAUUUACCAGCACGCACCGACAGCAAAACAGAGGCCCAUGCGGGUGAUAUAUUGCCAGCCAGUGUAUUGCGUUAUGAUUUCAUAACAAAAUAUGAAUGAAAGAAAGUUUUCAUAGUCUGCAGUUAAUGUUUUUUUUUGCUUUUUUUUUUUUGUUGGUUAAGGGGUAGUACUAUUUACAAUAAUUCGAAUAUAUACAAUACAUUGGAACAAA